UGCUACCGUUGAUGAACAGUCAUUUAGAGUGGUGACUAUGAGAGCAGCAGCCAUCUCUACUCCAAGACUAAACAAAAUGCCAGGAAUAUUCUUUGCCUCUGCUAAUCCUAGUGAAUUGAAAGGAUCUGAUCACUCUCUACUAGAUGACAAAACUCAGAAAAAGAGACCAAAGGCUUUUGGACCGGACCUGAAAGCCUAUUUGAAAUCCAUGUUACCACAUCUUGAAUCUGGGAUCAAAUCUUCCAAGUCUAAAGACUUACUUUCUAUAACAGAAGUAAGACAGUGGUCUCAGUCUUUGGAAAAACUUCUUACCAACCAAACUGGGCAAGCUGUCUUUGGUAACUUUCUGAAGUCAGAAUUUAGUGAGGAGAAUAUUGAGUUCUGGCUGGCCUGUGAAGAUUAUAAACGAACAGAAUCUGAUCAUUUGCAUUGCAAGGCUGAAAAGAUUUAUAAGGCAUUUGUUCAAUCAGAUGCUACAAAACAAAUCAAUAUUGAUUUUCAUACCCGUGAGUCUACGGCUAAGAAGAUUCAAGUACCAACUCCCACAAGCUUUGAUGAAGCCCAAAAAGUUAUAUAUACACUUAUGGAGAGGGACUCCUAUCCCAGGUUCCUGAAAUCAGAAGUUUACUUAAAACUGCUAAAUGAACUUCAGGGUAACAGCCUUAAGUGAAUGGUUUCUGGAGGACCUGGGAAGUUGAAGAAGAUCAAAUCCAAAGGGAAUGCUCCAAUGUUUCUCCAUGUGAACAACAGUAACUUUGCCUUUUAGGGUGACUCAAGAAGAUUAGGGGAAGUACAAAUGACUCAGCAAGGAUUAGCAGGCACGUUGCAGUCUGAAGAAGAGUGAGCCAGAUGAAAACUAAAAGAUCGAAAGGGGAAGGAGUAACUGCAGCAUUAUCACAAGAUGUGUUCAUACUUAAGUACUAAAAUAUAUCCCUCAGAAUAGAAGACUGUUUACAUAGCAAUUUUUAUUAAAGGACAUAAAACUGACAGUAAAAGAAAAAAAGCAUCCAGGUCCUGUGGAAACAUAUGCAAUUGGGCAUAAUAGGGCAAGAUGAACAAUUCAUCAAAUAUUUCUGACUGAGGUUAUGUAAUAUUGUUAUUAUGUUAUUAUAUAUGAAAGAGUGUGAUUGCCAUUAACAUGGGUGAUCAUUUUUUAAGUAUUUAUAUCAUUUUGUCACUGUUCUUGAUGAGUUUUAUCAUCAUCAUUUAUCAAGAGAUAAAGUGAAACUAUGCAUUAAAUUAUCCCAUUUAGGACAAGAAAGCACAUAUUUAUGAUUUAAAUUAUCACAGUGUCAAUAAUAAUGUGAAUUUUCUAUUAAAAUGUUCAUGUCACAAA